AUGUACGUCAUGCAUUCAGGAGUUGCACAACAGAGACCCACGGGAUAUCCACAACCAGGACACCCACAACCAGGAUUUUCGCAACCAGGAUACAUACAGCCUGAAAACCCACAACCAGGAUACACACAGCCUGGAAACCCACAACAAGGAUACCCUCAGCAUAGAAACCCACAACCAGGAUACCCACCGCCUGAAAACCCACAACCAGGAUAUACACAGCCUGGAAACCCACAGCCAGGAUACCCACAGCCUGGAAACCCACAACCAGGAUACCCACAGCCUGGAAUCCCACAACCAGGAUACCCUAAGCCUGGAAACCCACAACCAGAAUACCAACAGCCUGAAAACCAACAACCAGGAUACACACAGCCUGGAAACCCACAACCAGGAUACCCACAGCCUGGAAACCCACAACCAGGAUACAAAGUCUGGAAUCCCACAACCAGGAUACCCAUAGCCUGUAAACCCGUAAACCGGAGCCGGGUAUGA